UCCGUAUAUAUAACGCAUUGAUUUUAGUAUAAAGGCACCACUCCCAUUACCACAAACUCUUCAUUCCAAAACCACUCAAUUGAGAAUACAUUAUUAUUCCUUUUCUCCAUCUCACUUUCUUUCAAACACACAACCAUGUCUUCUGAGACUGUUGUCCUCAAAGUGAAAAUGUCAUGCACAGGCUGUUCUGGAGCAGUCAAUAGGGUUUUAGAAAAAAUGGAAGGUGUAGAAUCAUUUGACAUUGAUCUAAAAGAACAAAAAGUGACUGUGAAAGGAAAUGUAAAGCCACAAGAAGUUUUUGAGACUGUUUCCAAAACUGGAAAGAAAACUGAAUUCUGGGUGGAGCCUGUUGAAAACAAGCCGGUAGAAACCGCGGCUGAAAUUGAUAACAAGCCUUCAGAAGUUGCAGCUAUUGCUUCUGCUGAGUCUGAUAAUAACAAGCCUUUAGAAGAUUCGAAUGUUGUCUCUGUUGAACCUGAUAACAAGCCUUCUGAAACUGCCACUGUUGCUGCAUAAGAUUCAUCAUGUGGUUCUGUUUCAAUAUUAAAUGAUGUUUGUGGUUCAUCAUAUAUAGAUAUAUUCAGUGUGAUGUGUUACUGAUUAUGGUAUCUAAGUUACUAUUACUUUCUUAAUUUGUAUCUGAGAUUAAUGUUUUAAUUAACUACUGUUGUAUCUAAGCUACUGUUGUACUUUAUUUGGUCGGACCGGGUUCAACCGGGGUCGAAUCGUUUUUAAUUAUAUAUAUAUAUUUUUUAAUCAA